AAAGAUUUUAAUUUUCCACAAAAAAUAAUAAAAAAUACUCUUUAAUAAACAAAUAAGAAUAAAUUUACACUAAAAAAUUUAUUAACAUGUCCGAUUCCAAAGACGACUCAUCUGGCAUUGUUCAACGCCUCGAAGAACUCAAUCUAUGGCAAGAAGAACAAAAAAGAAUCCUAUUCGAAAAGCAAAACAAUCAACGAAAACUUCUCGGAUUAGAACAUAGAAAAAUGUAUGAAACUCUUGGAAUUUAUCAUGCCGAUUCAAGUAUGUUGAAUGAAGAAGAUGUAAGUAUUGAUGAAUCUUCUUGUAGUGAAACUGAUCUAGGAGUAAGUGCCCUUGAUCAAACUGUUGAUGAAGAAAUAAUACAAGAACAAGAACACAAUCAAGUAACUGAUGAAAAACCAAAAAGACCAUUUCUUCGAAGAAAACAAGGUCUAAUAAAUCGUUUCAAGGUCGAUCCCGAUCAAUUUAAUCUCCAAAAUCUACCACCAUACAAAUUUUCUUCCUCUCAUCCAAGUUUGAAAAGAAAUGUUGCAAGAAAACCCCCGGAAAAGACCAAACCCACGAAAGAAGUGCGACCAAUUUCAAAAGCUGUUUUGAGACUAAAAACUUCUGGUAAACCAAAGAAACAACCCAGUUUCGAUGAAAUGGAAGAGAAAUUUCAAAAGUCUUUGAUUUCUUCACAAACGGCAUGCAAUUCAACGCCAGAUACUAAAUCGCAAGCUUCUUCUAUUAAAGAAACACCUGAACCGAUUUCUUGGGCAACAAUUCUUGACCCACAAAACAUAAAGCCUAUUGAGAAGACAUCUCAAAGCGCAAGUUGUUUGGAAUCGAAUGAUGCUUCCGACAAUAUGAGUAUUUUCGAAUUGCUCGAACAAAAAGCGAAAGAUGGAAGCUUUGAUUUGAAUUCUAGCUACAUUAAAAGAUUUUUGAGAAGCACAAAAAUCAAUUCAAAUGAUAAUCAAUUUGAUUCGCCUGUUUCACUAAAGCUUCCACCAAUUCCUUAUGAAAUUCAUUCAAGUUCGAAAACCUUGGUUUCUGAUUCAUCUGAAACAGAAUUUGAGGAAGAAGAAAAGGAGACCCCAAGAAACACGCCUAAAGUUCGUUUUGUUGACGAUCCAAUAAUAUCAACAAAGCCAAUUGAAUCAAACUUGUCGACAGCUUUCGACAAUAGUGAAGCAUCUCAAAUUUUCGAGGAAUUUAAAAAACAAUUAUUUUCCAAUAAAAAUGACUCGAAUCAAACCAUUGAAAAUAAUCAAGUCAACGAUAUGGCUUCGGAAAUGCUUCAAAAAGCCGAAUUAAUACGCACUCGUUUAGCCGAACUUGAAGCCGAAAUAAAUACAUUUAAAAAAAAUAACUUGGAAUUGGUCAAAAGCAAACAAGAACAUGAAUUAGAAAAAGCCCACUUUGAACAAGGAUGCUUAGAAGCUGCUGAAAAAUUGAAUGAUGAAAGAAUUCAAAUGGAAAUUUAUUUGCAUGAUGAGCGUAUGAAGAUCGAAGAUGAUCGCAAAAAAAUGGAAAAGCAAAUUCGUCAUCAGAAAUCGUUAAAUUCGGGAAAGGAAAAGAAAGAAAUUGCAAAGUUACAAGAAGAAAUUGAUAGUUUGCAAAAGGAAUUGAAAAAGAAAGAUGAAGCCCAUGUAGCAGCACAGUCGAGAUUAAGGGCACAAGUAAGAAAUUUGGAAAAAGAUGUUCGGCAGUUAAAUGUUGAAAUUGAUCAGCUUACGAAGGAGAAUAAAAGACUAGAAAUGGAGAAUGUAAAGUUAAAUGGACAAAAUAAUAAUAAAAUGCUGCAAGAAAUAAAUAGAAAUAUUGCUAAAUUGGCUCCCAAAGUGAAUUCUGUCACCCAUAUGGAAGAAAUACCGCCAAGCAAAACUUUGAACGUAUCCAAGCACUCAAAAACUAAAUCAGCGCUUCGACGCAAGAGUAGUGAAUCAAAACGAAAACCUAGUCCAGUCAAAAGACAGGACUCACCAGUCCAUAGUUCGGAAGAUGAUCUGAGCAGUGCAUCUUCUGAGGAGCUAAAUUAUGGGAAGGCUAAUUCGAAAGUAACUUUUGCAAAGUCACCAACGCCGCCGAGUCGAACAACACCAACCGACAAAGUGGAAAGGAACGAGUCAGCACCGAUUUCAACAAAUGCCUCAUUUAAGCGUGAAAUUCGUAAUCCCGAUGGCAGCAAAGAUAUUUGGUAUCCAAAUGGCAAUCUUAAAAAAAUAUCUUCAGACGGGAUGAUUAUUCGUAUGCUCUACUUUAAUAAAGACAUAAAAGAAACAAACAUUAAUGAAGGUACUGUUAAAUAUUAUUAUGCUGAAACAAAUACCUGGCACACAACAUACUUAGAUGGUCUUGAGAUCUUAGAAUUUCCCAAUGGACAAACAGAACAUCGUUACAAAGAUGGAAAAAUCGAGGUUCAUUUUCCAAAUAAUUCAAUUAAAAUAACAAAUCCAUCAGAUGAAAAUAAAUUAGAAGAAUGGCGAUUUGCCGAUGGUACAAAUUUAAUUCAAAUGAGGAAUGGUGAUAAGAUUUUAUUAAUGUCUAACGGACAGAAAGAGAUUCACACAGCACAUAAUAAACGCAGAGAAUAUCCAGAUGGAACUGUUAAAUUGCUUUAUCCAGAUGGUAGCCAGGAGACGAGAUAUUCAAAUGGGAGAGUGAGACUAAAAGACAAAGAUGGUAAUCUUGUCAUGGACACAGAAAAUGUUCAAUAUUAGUGUAAGUUUAUUUUUUGAAUUAUAUUUUAGGUGCAUUUUAGUUUGAAAUUUGUAUAUUUUCUGAGAUCACAGAAAGACAGUUAAAUUGAUCAAACCAUUGUGAUUAUUUUAUGUUGUUUUUUGUGUCACUCAUAGAGUUUUAGUUAGUAUAGAAUUAAGGUAUUUAAAAGAAUUUUCCAUAUUUAUAAAAUGUUUUGUUUUUUUUCAAAA